AUGGAAGAAGAAGAAAUUGACGAGAUUCUCGAUGAGGAAAAGGACUUCAUCUCAGAACUGAAUGAUACCAUGGAACAAUUCGUCCAAAACAUUGACGAUGGCUCCAUUGAGGAGAACUGGCUCAAGACUAUGGUUAGCUUUCAUGCUCCGGAAACCGACAAUGAAAACAAUUUAUGGUCUUGGGCUACUUGGAAGGGAGUGAGUUCAUCAAUGAGCAAUAAUUGGAGCAGUCCACCUCCGUGGCAUUCGUCGAAAAUGCAAGACUACAAUAAUCGUCCGAUCCGCGCCUCCACGGCUUCUGCAGUGAACGAACCUCGCUACUGGAUCGACAAAACGUGCGACGAAUUUCGGAGAGAGCAAGGACCGAUAACAAUGCAAAGGAUACGCAUCAGCCGGCUUUACUCUGCGUGGGUGGAGUACUUCUACAGAAAUCAAGCACUGCACGACUACCCUACUCGAAUUGGCAAAGAAUGGCAUGAACGUAGAAAAUAUUGGGCGACUCGGCAGGCCGAGAUUCUUGAUAAUGUCUCUCGAGUCAGUGAGAUGUUGUGA